UAGAGCACGGAAGGGAAGUGUUAAUUAUCGUUCACCCGAAGUGCGGUUACCGUGCAAAGAGGUUAAACACUCCCCCGCCUUGUGCACUUUCUUGUCACCCCUCCCCAGCAUGGGCGUGCGUGUAUGAUCUAUUUUGAGCUGGCGGGCGUGCAUAACGGAGUCGUAGCGUUGCGCUGGCCGUCUGGGGAGGCGUAGGUACAGGCCAGGGUUGGCGGGAGAAAGAGAAACUGUGUGUGUGUGGGUGAACAGCUCGGAGAUGUCAGCACAGAGAUUUGUGUUGGCAAACAGGUUGUAUCAUCCGCAGAUCGGAAUGUGUUUGCCUGGCUAGUCUUUGGUCUGAAAAGAAUUCCAGAGCGUGCGCCCGAGUGGAAACUACCCCUACUUCCCCCUCCUAAAAAAAAAAAAAAAAAAAAAAAAAGUGGAUUUGAUCGUUGAGUGAUCGACAGCUUCAAAGCGGUUUCUAGACCCCUGUCAUCGUGUUCAUGUUUCGUGCCCACCUCGUCAGAAGUAUCGACGAACGACGUUGUUAAUCCAGAACAGUUUGUUUAGCUUCCACCGCACGAUUUUCUUGUGUUUUUUGUUGUCUUCUCUCCACUUCCCCUUGGAUGUGGCAGGAUAUUUCAGUCAGGAGCUAUUUUGAAAUUGUUUCUUUUUUCUUCUGUUUUGUUUUAUCCCGGUUUCUAGAGAGUGAAUCUGGCAGCAAGCCACCCGCAGUCCGGGUUACCUGAGUUGAUGCCAGAGACCGGAGUGGAGUAUGAUGUAGAUAAACCUGGGCAGCGCAGGGUCGCUUCUUGAAGCGCAAUGGUUACACAGGUGACAAGUACACAGUGAUCAGUAUCGAUAAGCAAUGACGGCCAGUCGAUCCUGAAAGAGGAUCUGUAGCCGAGAGAGGCGGCAUCACGGAGAACGUUCUUAAGACCCCACACCCAUCUCGACGUUAGUGAGGCUGUAUAGAACACCUGAGGAGUUAAUGCCAUAGAAGAAAAACACUGUGAUGCUGUUUCAUCCGAAAUUUGAGGAAGAGUUCUUUUACUGCAGUCAGGCAUCAGUUGCUUCCCCGUGAAGUGAGAAGGUGCUGGAAUCUAUGCAAAUAUUUCCCGCCCUUUGAGGUGGACAAGCAGAGAGGUGAAGCAUCACUUUCAGUGCUUUGUGUUGGAACCUUACUGAUGCCAGAGAUUUUCUGGAGCUUUUAUGGUCCAUUAUACUGAACUUAAUUAUAAUCUUAUACUCAUUGGACACACAAAUACUUACAAACAUGUGCGCGCACACGCACACAGAGGUUUAGGAUGUAUGAUUUGGCAGUAGGAGAAGCAACAGAGAUUUUUAUACCUGGACAAAUAAACUUUUAGGAAACUAUGGUCUCACACAAAGAUGAAAUGAAAGGAGCACAUUGAAUUGUGACUUUCAACAAAACAAUUCUACAUGGACCAAAGCAAAGUAAAAGUGUCUGUCAAGACUUGACUCUUUAAAGGCAGUGAUGACCGUAAGUGGUCACUGAUGUAGGAAGUGUAUGGCUGUAACAAAGAUAUUACUAUAUCUACUGAACAAGAGAAUCGAGCUUGACAAUGUGGUCUGAAGGGGAGAGACUGAACACACCUCUUGUCAUUCGAAGAGCCAGCAGCUGGCGGGAGCUAGGGGCAAACACUAGUAGUUUCGGUGUCCCAGUUGACCCAAACUGGACCACCAAUAGCUAUGGCACCGAAUAUGGCAACACCACUGCUAGCGGGCAGUUCCGGCAAAUUGGGGAGCAACCCAUCUUUUCCACCAAGGCACAUGUAUUCCAGAUUGACCCAGAGACUAAAAAAAACUGGAUUCCUGCCAGCAAAGUGGCUGUCAGUGUUUCCUAUUAUUAUGACAGCACACGCAAUACCUAUCGCAUCAUCAGUGUGGAUGGAUCAAAGGCUAUCAUCAACAGCACUAUUACUCCCAACAUGACAUUCACAAAGACAUCUCAGAAGUUUGGUCAGUGGUCAGAUGCACGUGCAAACACUGUAUAUGGACUUGGCUUUAACACCGAAGCAGAGCUUGCGAAGUUCAUAGAAAAGUUUAAAGAAGUAAAAGAACUGACACGCCGAGCAGUAGCUACAGAGAAGCCGAGCAGUGAAGUUAACGGAGGAAUUGAUGGUUCACCUCAACCAACCCCUACACGCACAUCACUUCAUCAGCGAACCAACAGCCUGUCUUCCAUACAGACUGACAGCACAAACCUCCAGCAGCGUCGCAAUUCAUUCACCCAAGGCAGCAAUGGUCUUCCGUCCAAUCACUCUGAGGCACAGCUCAAAUAUGAGAAUGACCGGCUCAAACUAGCUCUCGCUCAAAGUUCAGCCAAUGCAAAGAAGUGGGAGGUGGAGCUGACAACCCUAAAAAACAAUAAUGCUCGGCUCACAGCAGCUCUUCAGGAGAGCACUGCCAAUGUAGAAGAGUGGAAGAAGCAGCUGGCCACAUACAAAGAAGAAAAUGCUCGGCUGAGAAAAAAAGUAUUGGAAAAAGAGCAUGAAGGAAAUGUGCAAGAUUCAGAUUCUCAGGCUUUGCAGCAAGAAAUGCAAGCUCUUGGGGAGGAGGCAACUCGUCUAAAAGGAGACAACAAACUGCAUCAGCAGGAGAUUGUUCGGCUGACCAAGCAGUUAGAGGAAAUGACAUCAAGGGAAGCCCUGACAUCAUCGUUUCAAGCCCGCAUACAGAAUCUGGAAGAAGAAAACCACAACCUGAUCCUCAAGCUACAAGAUGUCCAACGCCAGCUGCAGGAAUCUCGCAGUUCUCGAGACACGGACUCUCAGGAGCUGCUGCAGCUGCAGGAAGCAUUGGGGUCAAAAAUCACAGACUUGUACGAACUUCAUGAACAAAUUAUUGCCUCCAUUCGCAAAGAGUCUAACAGCUAGCAAGCAUUUGUUGACAGUCCAGAUACAUUCUCUUUUGUGGCUUCCUGAAGAUAAAGCAUUAUUAUUAUCUACUGCUGCUACUUCAUCUGAUUUUAUACCUCAAAACCCCAGAACGAUCCAGUGAUAUGGUAACACAUUUCAGACCACAGUGAUAUGUCAGGAUAUUUCAAGCACCUUUGGAAAGUGAUAUAUGUUUUUCAGUUAAGAAGACCUGCAUUUGGAUUUUUGUUGUCAUUUAUUUAUUUUAUUUUUUAUUUAUAGGGUUAGAUGCAAUGCUGAAGUGUAUUAAAAAUCUAGAAUGUUUGAAGGCUUGAUUGUCUUUCAUCUAGAGCAUACAAUAUGUUGAGAUGUAAAGAAUGAAACAGUAAAACUGUCCAAACAACGAUUAGAUAUAAAAGGAGCAGAAAUGACAGUAAACAUCUGUGAUACCUUCACAUCUAGAGAGAGCAUCUGUUUUCUGAUGAGAAUUAUACAAUUUAGUGCACAACAGAAGUCAUGAGACUUUUGACGAUACAAGAGAAAGGUACCCUUCUGUACUAUUUGUUCAUGGAAACAUAAUUUCAAGGUUAUUCCUGUGCUUCUUUGGACACAAGUCAACUUUCUGAGCAGCAUGUUUGCACCUAUGCCUUUAGCACCGAAAUGAUGGCUUGCCUGAAUUCAUUUGGGCAGACUGACAGCAUAAAGACAUAAAGACAGUGUGCACAAGCACAAAUUUUAGAUUUACUUGAAUUCUAGGGACCAGGCUUCAAAAUGUCUAGCUUUACAUUCAAGUGGGUGGUGCUGCCAACUUGAAAUUGCUGUCUUUUCACAAAAUCUAGUCAUACAUUUUUAGUGGCUAAAUUAGCCUUUCUGCUUCAAAGUGAAAUGACCUAGGAAAGAAAUGUAGAAAGUUUACUUUCAUAGCAACUAGACUAUGGGACUCAACAGUAUACUCAUAUAGAAUGUGUAUUUUUUGCGUGUGUACUGUAAUGAACAUUAUGCAAGUAAGAUUGCACCCAUGCACAGGAUAGCUUUAAUGUAGUGUUGCAAUUUCCAUUAAGCAUGGUUGUUUACAGCAUGUUGUUUUUUUGGGGUACUCUUGUAAGAAUUGUUCUGUGCAUAAAAGCACCAUUGUUAGCGUUGCUGUUGAAAAGCAUACCAUUGCUGUUUGCGGUCUUGUGUCUUGUCACAGAAAUUAGACUCUGUGAAUGACAAUAUUAUCUAACUGACCACUCGUAGAAAUGCAGUUGAUGAGUACUGCAAUUUUUGGCUGCUACUAGCUGUACAGUGAACAUGUAAAAGUUUUGGUGUUUUGCUGCAGUAUAACCUUUCUGUCCUGAGCAAAAGCUUUCAAUACAUUUCUGUAAUGUGUAUCUAUUGUAGGAGACUUUUUUUUCUGGAGCCGAUUUCAGUGGAUCUUUAAGCGAAAGAAAAGAAGAAGGAAAGUGUUCUAGUUUGGGUUAUAUCUGUUGGUUCACGUUGAAAAGUUUGUUAAUGGUUUGUUGCUAUUUUACCAUAUCAUCUUGGUGAUUUUGCCUUGAGGUUUUCUGAGGGUGUUUUGCUUGAACUUCAGAAUUGUUAUGUCUGUGAUGGCGUUUAGCUAGCUCUGCAGGUGGCAAACAGGAAAUGAAGAAUAUAACUAUUUGAAUCCUGAAAAAAUAUUUCAUAUGAUUUGGUGGACAAGGGCAGAUAGCAGAUUACACAUUUCCAGUAAGAUAUAGAUGUUACACAUAUUUAUUCUUUGCCCAUAUCUCAGCAUGUAUGGUAUAUCAGCAUUAUUCAUUUGAUACUACUGUUGACUAUAUAAGGGUGAAUGGGCUGACAGAAUACUGCUGGAGUGGUUAUAAAUGUUGGAGCUGCUGGAAUAGUCUUCAUAGAAAAGAUGAAGAAAAAGAAGUUGGAAGUCUCCAUCUUUAAAGUUGUGAACAUUGAAAUUUCGACUGUAUGAGUGUGAUUUCUGAUGUAACGCAUUCAAGAAAAAAAUUUUGUGUUAAUUCAUUUGAGAUGGCCAGUACACAAAGUGUAUGUAAAGAUUGCAUGUAAGGAGUUAAAUUUCAAUUCCCUUUUGUUGUGCCUGCUACUCUUGAGCUUUGUCUAAAACCAAGAAAAUACAUUAAGGGUAAAGCUGUAUAUGCUUAUGGUUCAUACAUGAAGGGGCUGAAACUGUCUAUUUGGAGAGUACAAGCAGGCAUGUUAUGAGGCUAAAAUCUUCAUAACUCAGGAUAAUAAGCUUUUUUGUACAUUUCUUGUGCAAUGCAUUUAUUGUACCAUGCAGAAACUUAGAAUUGCCUUGGUGUUAUAUUUGUAUCACUGAUAAUAAUAGACCAGAAAUUCUCCUUGAAUACUGGUUGGCUAAAUGUUGAUCAUUGUUUUGGAGCUGUUAAACAAUUAAGUAUGGUGUAACAGUCACAGAAAAUUGCUUGAUAUGACAGAUGUUUAACCAUUACUAGAUGGCAAAAUGUCAGGAACAAAAUAACACAAAAGUUGAUUGACUGGAUAGAGCUAUUUUAUAGGAUACCAUUCUUGUGAAGGUUGUGCAAGGCACUACAGGUAGGUCUGUCCUCCUGCGCAGUGGAUUGCAAGACCUAAGGAGAGCUGCUGAUGAGACUGACCUCCUCUUCAACAGACUGCAAGAGCCAAGGAGAACAUCAUGUUUAUCACACUUUGGCUUACAUUUUAAGAGUGCAUCUCACGUCCUGCCUAUUGACAACAAUUCUUUGUGUGAAAUCAUUUUCGUUUUUGGAGUGAGCAAUAAAAUGACUUUCGUUUGACUGCCCCAUCUGCCUUUUACAAAGGACAUCAGCACAUUGGCAGCUACACUCAGGAAAACAAGAGGUUCUCGAGGCUCGGUGCUUGGAUGAAGACAGCGUGGGAGUGAUCUGGAACAGCACCCUGACAGGCUGUGAUGAAAUGUUGUCUUUAUUUCCUUCAGUCAGAAUGAACUAUUAUUUCUGCUGGGCUUGAUUAGAUUACUGCUUAGUGGUACAAGAAUACAAGAAGAGGUCACUACAAGAGGUUAGCUACAAGUGAUGCCUGUUGUCUCAUUAAAUGUUCAGUAAACUAAAUAAUGAGACUGACAUAGAGACAUUAGGCUUCUUUGUCUCUGGGUCACGUAUCAAACUGUACCUCUUUGGUGUCAAAACUUGACAAGCUGUUUCAUCUGUUAUCACUACUAGUAUCUUGUUUCUUACCAAGAGAUGACAGGCUGGAGCUGUUGUCAGGACACUGCUUUUUGAUUUCAGUUUCUAUCCUUGGCUUGUAAUGCUGUGUACAGUACUUGGGAAACCAGUUUCUGUGACUGUACAUCUAACUUUGCUCUUUGUGUCAGUGUCUCCACAUUUAAUUCUGCUUUGUGUCAGUGUCAUAGCAUACAUUUCCUCAUGUCUGAUCUUCAUGCAGAACAAUCAAAGCUGCAAUAUCUCUGUGUCUCAGUACCUCAUGUUACUGGCUUGUUUUCGUUUUUGUUUUUUACUCUGACACAUUAUCACAGUGAAAAGGCCAAAACAUACAUUGUCAAACUCCAGCACACACUGUAUCAGCCUCUGUUGAACAGAAUGCAUCAAGUUCUGAGUAGUUUCAUUGAAUUCUUACUAAUACAAAGUGGAUUUUGAUAUUUUCUUUUAAAGUAAUUUGCUCAUGGUUCAACCCUUGCCUGUACAUGUCGCACCCCCUCCCUGCCUGCCAAAGAAAAAUAUUGUGACAGUGGUAGGUAAUGACAUAGCCUGCCAACACCUAAGUCUUCCUUUGUGACAGUCAAAUUGUCAAUCCAGUUCUCACCAUAACUGUGUUAACUGUAUGUGCCAGUCACUUAAGCUGAGCUAACAGACAUAAGGAGGUAUGAAAAUGAAAAAGUGAACGGAAAAAACUGAGAAAGAAAAUAUGUGUGGACGAUUUAUGCCUGUAUUGGGCAGCUGGGGGUUGGGGGAGGAAACUGCAUGAGAAAUGAAAGACAUAUAGUUGAAUGAAAAGGAAAUGAAGUGACUUUGUAUAAAAUACAAGGACAUGAGAUGGUAGUGAAAUAAGAAAUAACCUCAUGUAAGGUGAAGUGUAACUUGACAUGCAGUGUUUGGCUGUACUGUUGAUAUAAAGACUAUAUUGAGUGAGAGCGGUUCUCUCAUGGAACCUGCCUGUUUCUUGCUGGAUACAGAAUAACAGCAUUAAUGCUGAGUGUGUCUGAUAUGUGAGCUGUAGCCAUUAGCUUGUGUACAUACAUUUUGAAAGAAGUGUACAUAGUAACAAAGUGCAUUUGGAUUUAAAUGUUCUACCCAAGUGUAAACUGAUGAACAAAUAUCUAGUACAUUAGUUGCGAGUUUGAUGCUCUGUCAUCAUUCAUGCCAGAUUUUGAAACCUUCUGUUAGAUUUUUUUUAAAGAAGCUGGUUCAGAGCAAGUUCUCUGACCUUUUAUUCUACCUGGGAAUGUGCUAAAUCUAACAUUUAUUUUACUCACAUACAGUUGAAAGUAGGAGCAGAAAUUUGUGAAGUCACCACAGUGACAGCAUUUUGCAUCUUACUACAUACUACAGGACAGUAACCCAGCUGCUUGUAUUAGGAUGAUGCAGUGAGUGUGCUAACAGUCGGUGCAGGGCUUCAUUUUCAUGGUUUGAAAGUAAUUGGCUUAGAUUUUAAUACAAGUGUAACAAUGUAUAACACCUGUUUAGCAUACUAAUGUUAGACUUUGUUCCUUAGCACAUUACUCAUAAAAAUGAAAGUUUUCUCUCUCGAACACAGAGCAGUAAUAGAAAAUUUUGUACUUGUACCAAUCAAAUAGAUGAUGUGAACUGAAACCGUCAGGUUAGAGCAAUUUCAGCAGAUUAGUAAACAGACCAGCUUGAUAUCUCUUUAAUACAUAGUCUACAUACCCUUUGAAUUUCUAAAAUGUGGUCACAUGCAUUUCUUUGGGAAAAUGUGUUGUAAUUUUCAGCAUAUUGCAUGUCAGUUAUCCAUCCAUAUACAGUAUUUUGUUGCAAACCUCUUUAUUGAUAUAUUGAUCUUGUAUAUUUUUAAAAAAAACACCAUUAUAAAUGCAUAUCAGAUAUACAUAUAUUGAAGCACUAUUAUAUUAAUAUAUUGAAACUUUUAUCUCGUUUAUCUAUUUAUAUUUUAACUGUUUAUUGUCAUUCUCACUCAGAUCAAAUUUAUUAGAAUGACAUUGGUCUAUGUCUGUAGUCAUGAAAAUAUAUUGUCAUAAAAACUUUCUAAAUAGGUGAGUUUUCUUGUUGUCAACAUUUCAUUUUGGUUUACUGAAAUUAUUAAUAUACUUGUUAUAAAGCAUUUUUCCUUUGAAUUCUGUCUCUUGAACUGGUUGUUUUGACUUCAAGAUUGUAGCCUCACUACAUAUUAUCAAGGAAGGUAGCAGGAAGUGUAAUAUUUAUUACACAGACCAAAGGUGACAAUUUAUACCCUGUCCAGUCUUGUGCUCUGGGGAUUGGAAUUGUUCCAGAGGACUACUUCAAGCAUACUACUUAUGUGCUAGUUCCUCAUGAACACCAAAUGCAAGCCAUCAGUUAAAGCCAACCACACAGGUGACUUUAGAGAUACUACUUAAUAACUUGCUGUUAAUGAUGACAUAGUGCACUUGCUAUGUAAAUAGGCACCAUGCUGUAGUUAGCAACAGCUGCUUCCCAUGUUCCCUCCAAAGACAUAAAUAAAACAUUGCUUCAUACUUACUGGUUUGUCUCCAUCUUGCAGCUGCUUGUGCAACAUUUGAGCAGCAAUUGCCUUUUCCACUCCACAAGACCAUCACAUCCUCCUAUUUUAUGUCUUUGUGUUGCACUCUUUUGUAAAGCGCUUCCAAGUGAGGAAAUGCGCUGUUUAAGUGCUCUUUGACCAUAAGUUGGAGAAAAGGAUGAAAGCAACUUUUAAUGAGAGGAUUGAUUCUGUAACUGUCCCCAGAACACAGAUCUGAUAUUUCUAACAGAGGGUGAAAUGAUAUUUGUAGGCUUUUUGCUUUGACUUGCAUUGAAGUUAUCAUCUUGAUUGUGUGUCUGUGUCAGAGACAGAAGCGGUGUAUGUUUGUAUGCUUGGACUGGAAAAUGCAUACAUUUAAAUCAGUACAUGCUUCGACUGUGCUAUACAUGUGUUGUUAAUUUGCAAAUCACUACCCUAACCCUGGUUUUUAUUAAGGCAGAUUUUUGUCAGUCGCAAUGGAAUUUGAUAGACUGUUGUUAAUAGAAAAUUGAGAACAAAAUAGAUAUCUCACCACACAAUAUUCUCAUGUAUGUGAUAUGUAUGAGGUAAAGACUAAUAAAGUAUAUUCAUAACACUU